AUGCUGACUCAUAUUAGAGCCCUGGAAGUUUUACCCCAGCUCAAGGUCUAUUUCGACGGAUUGGAAGAGCUUCGCAAGUCAGAACUGGAAUGGACCGUAUUCCAUAUCGGCAUGUUCAUGGACUACUUUGCCACCCCGGCCCUGAAGUCAUACCUGAAGCCACACAUCGCCGCAUUAGAUCUCGAAAACAAAGUCGCUGCCAUUCCAGGAGAUGGUAAGGUCCCCGUAACUCUGAUCUACUCGUUUGAUAUGGCCAGAUUCGUGGUUGCAUCGCUGGACCUGGAACACUGGGAAGAAGAAAGCCGUGUCGUUGGGGACGAGAUAACUUGGAAUGAGUUUCUUGUUCUGGCUGAGGAGGCUCGUGGAUCCAAAUUCGAGGUUCACUAUGAUGACAUCGAGAAGCUGAAGCGGUUCGAGAUCACCGAACUGCCGGCCCAAAAGGCUCUCUACAAUCGGGUCCCGAAGGAGACCUUUCAGUGGGUUACCGCGAUCUUUGAACGGUUUACUGCUGACGGUAGCUCUCACAUUCCCAAGACUGGUAGCUUGAAUGAACGUUUCCCCGAAAUCAGAACGCUUUCGGUUAAGGCGAUGCUCAAUACUUACUGGAAAAGUGGAUGA